GUUAAUGGCAAGUCUCUCCUUAUUGCUGUUCCCGUAACUGUUUUUGUCGUUCUUGUACUUCUGGUUUGCUGUUGUUGCUGUUGCUGCUGCAAAGGAAAGAAAUGCAGAGGAUGUGGAAAGUGCAUUCGUAACAUUUUUUGUUGCUGCUGUUGUUGUUGCGAUGAGAACCGUUCCAGUUCCUCAGGUCAGUACGUACAGAUAAGCCAGGUAAGCCAGAAAAUGUCAGAGAGCUAGGAAUCACCCAAUCUAUAGCCCUUGGGAUAUGUGAACAAGUCGCCAAAGUUAUUUUUUGACCAAUUGAACGCUUGAAAUCUAUUGAGAAUUGGUUUCGGUCUGCAAACUUUAAUUCAAUCUUACCGAGAAAAAAUAAUGAGACAUUAUGCUCUCAUGGUGUUUUGCCAUUACAAAAUAGCGUUUCAAACAGUCGAUUUAAAUGUGUGGACGUCCCAAGAAUUAUAAUUCCGUUUAAUUACAACCUCUAAAAAUAACAUAAGUGAAAUUCACAUAUCCAGGCCAACGCCUUAAGAUUUCCUCUCUGCCAUGAUUUUCUCUUGGCCAAACCUAGAUUUCCUUCUGGUUUUUCGUGUUUUACAAACCGUGGAAUUUGACCUUCCCGUAGGCCAAAAAGUUACUCACGGUUGAACAGCAGUAGACUAUUGGCUCAACAAAGCCAUGUGAAAGAGAAAUAAAGGGAAGAGGGAAUUCGGCCGUGCGAGGACGCGAAAGGCACGCCUAACUGGACGAUUGCCAUGCGGGGAUGGGGAGGUGAGGCGGGGGGGGAGGGGUGGUGUACAAAGCACGUUGAAUUCUAAUUCUAUUGGUUCUUCACGCCUUAAUCAACCUAGUCGCUAGUGGAGUUUAAAGCUGUUUUCUUACAUAGAAAAUUCUUUACAUUUUCCUUAGGUAAAAGUCAUGGAUUGCUUAGCGGUGUGAAAAAUCCAAUGACUAGAAGUGCUGCUUCUCGGAUUCAAAGUGCCACCGCAAGACUUUAUGGCAGUGUUUCAAAAGGGAGUUUUUCUUCUCGGGCUCAGUCGACUGCAGACCGGCGUGCAUACUGGGGUAUUUACUAG